AUGGCUUGUACAUCUAAAGAAUAAUUUCAUAAAGAUAUUAAUGAUUUAAAUUAAGAUUUAAAACCUUAAGAAUAGAUAGCUCAAGUACAAACAAAGAAAUUAAAUAGAGGGACUCUAAUUAUUUAAACUAGUGAAGGUCCAACUCAAUUUGGAUUACCACCUGAUACUGUGAAGAAUUACCUUAAACAGUUUUAUCUCAAUUACUUAAUUAAAUUAAAAAUAGAAUGUAUUUAGUUCAAAUUGCUGCUAAAGAUUUAUUUAAAGGAUCUGGAUUAAAAUUAGCAAGACCUGGAAUUGAAAAUAUUUAAUUUUAAUUAGAUCAAAUUUUUAAUAAGAUAUCCCAUUUAAUAGAAAAAUUGAUAUCAUUUGUAUAAUUGAUAUUUUUGAUAAAUUAACUUUGAAUAAUGCUAAAUUUUUAUUGGAUGCUCUAAAACUAGAAAAAUAUAAAGAAGGAGAAUUAGUUAUUUAAGAAAAUUAAGAAGGACAUAAAUUUUAUAUUAUUGAAUCUGGCUUAUCUUAUUUUGGUGAAUCUGUUUUAAUUUAAACUGGAAGAAGAAGAGCAUUGGUACUUGCCAUUACAGAUUUGAGAGUUUUAUCACUUGAUAAACAUAAUUUCUGGUUUAUUUUUGGUGAUGGAUAUAAAGUAUAAGGACCUGUAAAAGAAUAAAUGAUGCAAUUAAUGGAAGCUAGAAAGUAAUAAGAUAUUUAAAUCUUAUUUAAGUAUAUAGUGAGUCAAUAUUUUUAAGAAAUUCUCAUUUUUCAUAAUUAAUUCCUACCCAAAAAACAUAAAUAGAGAUGAU